CUUGGAGGAGAUGCAGGAGAAAGAGAAGAAAGAAAGGUUGGAGGAUGAGGAUGAGGGCAUUUAAGUAAUUUUAAUUUUUUAAUGUAUUAACUGAUUAAAAAAAUAUGAGUUUUUCUUGUUGGAUUCACACGUCAUUAACAUUUAAAAAAUUAAGUGAUUUUGUGACAAUUUAAUGUGCUGUCUGUCCAUUAACUGAAGGAAGGAUUAUUUUGACUCACUUUGGGAAGGUGGACGGCGGCUAAGGUGUCAUUUUGCGUGUACUACGCACUAAGAUUUCUUCGCAGAGUUUUUUAGUUGGAGGAAAACCGAACCCUACUCGGCAUUUUUUUUGGUUUCGAUUCCUCUGCAUUUUUUUUUUUUGGGUUUCGAUUUCUGGUUCAUUCAUUUUCAAUGGAAGCUGUAGCAUCCAGUGCUUUUGAUGCAAUGCUCUCUUCCAUGUGGGAUUAUAUAUCUGAGCGAUUAAUUGACUCCAACUUUCUCAAGUUUGCCAGGCAAGACCAAGUUUUGUCCCAACUCAACAAGUGGAAGAUGCUGUUACCAAAGAUCAAAGCCGUUCUCGAUGAUGCAGAAGAUAAGCAAAUGGUCAGUCGAGUGGUGAAGCUCUGGCUCAGCGAUUUAAGAGACAUUGUAUAUGAUGCUGAAGAUAUCAUUGAUGAAAUUGCCACUGAGGCCCAGCGCCAGAGAAUUCUGAGGGAGACUGGGAUGACAGGCACCGGCAGUAAGGUAUGCCUAUUUUUCCCAAAUUGUUUCACUGGUCAGAAUUUAAGUGGUGUUAAGUUUUGUGCGUGGAUGGGUCCUAAAAUAGAAGGUAUCACCGUUAGAUUUGAAGCCAUUGUUGCGGAGAUGAUGACAUUUAAUUUGUUGGAGAGGAGUGUUAAAGGGAGACUGGAAAGAGUAGGAAGGGAAAGGCAGCGGGCGACGAGUUCUCUUGUUGAUGAAUCUCGGGUUUAUGGUCGAGAAAUGGAUAAAGAUGCGAUUAUUCAAAAGUUGAUGGAUGUUGAAACUGGUGAAAUUGGUGUGGUUUCUGUUGUGGGAAUGGGGGGAGUGGGUAAAACCACGCUUGCUCAGUUAGUAUACAAUGAUGAGGAAGUUAAAGACUUGUUUGAAUUGAGGGUUUGGGUUUGUGUCUCUGAGGACUUUGAUGUUGUUAGGGUGACUGAGAUUCUAUUGCAGGCUGUCACCAUGCAGGGUUGCUCUUCCAACGACAAUGACGACAAUGACGACAAUUACCGAAAUCGUCUAAAUUGUCUUCAAGUAAAGCUACGUGAGAAGCUUUCUAGAAAGAAGUUCUUGAUUGUUUUAGAUGAUGUUUGGAAUGAGAACUAUGAAAGAUGGGAUGUUCUAAGUAGACCCUUCAUGGCAGGAGCACCUGGUAGCAGAGUGCUUGUAACGACUCGAAGUGAAAACGUUGCAUCUAUCAUGAAAACAUGUGGUGUACACCGUUUGCAGGUCUUGUCUGAUGAUGCUUGCCUUUCACUGCUUGUCAGACAUGCUCUUGGAGCUAAUAAUUUUGAUGGAUACCCAACUCUAAAAGGAAUUGGCAAGGAGAUAGUGAAGAAGUGCAAGGGAUUACCAUUGGCAGCCAAGACUCUAGGUGGGCUCCUACGUGGUAAAGCAGAUUGUGAUGAGUGGAAUGAUAUACUGACGAGUGAAAUAUGGGAGAUACCAGAAGAAAGAGGUGGCGUCAUUCCUGCUCUGAAGUUGAGUUACCGUUAUCUUCCAUCCCAUUUAAAGCGAUGCUUUGCCUAUUGUGCCAUUUUCCCAAAAGGCUAUGAAUUUGACAAGAAUGAGCUGGUUCUGCUAUGGAUGGCCGAGGGUUUAAUACAACAAGCCACGGGAGAAAAGCAAGUGUGGGACAAAGGUCUUGAAUAUUUUAAUGAUUUACUUUCAAGGUCUUUUUUCCAACAAUCAAAUAGCAAGCAAACACUGUUUGUUAUGCAUGACCUUAUAAAUGAUCUAGCUAAAUUUGUUGCUGGAGAAAUAUACUUUCAUUUUGAGGAAAAACUGAGUGAAAGUAUUGAAAAGCUUCGUCAUUUGUCAUUCACUCGUCGCCAGUAUGACAUUUUCAAAAGAUUUGAAGAAUUUUAUGCAGCGAAGUCUUUACGGACUUUCAUAGCAUUACCAAUUGAUACAUCAUCUUGGGGAGCAUGUUGUUGCAUGAGCAAGGAUGUGUUGCAAGAGUUGCUGGCAGAAUUAAGAUACGUAAGAGUGCUAUGUUUGAGUGGCUACCGUUUCAACGAACUCCCAUAUUCUAUUGGUCAUUUGAAGCACUUGAGGUACCUUAAUUUGUCUUACACUACAAUUGAACAGCUACCAGAAUCUGUGGGUUCCCUAUUUAACUUACAAACAUUUUUAUUGCAUGGCUGCAAGGAGCUUGCUAAAUUGCCACAAGGUAUUGAAAAUCUGAUUAACCUUCUUGUUCUUGAUCUUACUGAUACUGACAAAUUAGUGGAGAUGCCAUUGCAUAUUGGUAAUUUGAAAAACCUUCAAAUUUUGUCCAAAUUCAUCUUGGGAAAGGACAAUCAGUUUGGCAUUAAAGAAUUGAAGGACUUGAUACAUCUAAGAGGGGAGUUUUGCAUUAUGGGGUUGGAGAAUGUGGUGGAUGUUCGAGAUGCUAGGCAUGCUAAUCUAAUGGAUAAACAUGGCCUUGAUGCCUUAGAUUUGAAAUGGAGUGAGUUCCUUGCUUACCAAAACGAAGAAGAUGAAAUGCAUGUUCUUGAAAUGCUACAACCGAAUAAGGAAUUGAAAGAACUUAGUAUUUCAUUUUAUGGUGGUAAAAGAUUUCCAUCUUGGUUGGGAUUUCCCUCUAUCACUAAUGUUGUGCAAGUAAACCUCGGUAGCUGUAGUAGAAGCAUGUCACUUCCGACACUUGGGAGACUGCCAUCAUUGAAGAAGGUGUUCAUCCGAGGCAUGGACAGAGUCAAAGAGGUGGGUUUUGAGUUCUAUGGAGAUGAUUUGCUGUCUACUAAGUGGUUUCCAUCCUUGGAAAUUCUAUGUUUUCAGAAUUUGUUAGAAUGGGAAUGUUGGUCUUCUCCUCAAGAAGCUAAUGUGGAUUUGGAUGAUGGAUUUCCUUCUCUUCGUGAGCUCGUGAUUGAAGAUUGUCCAAAACUGAUUGGAAACCUACCAAUCUGCCUUCCUUCCCUUGAGAAGCUUAUCAUUAGUCACUGCCCAAAAUUGGGGGGUUCACGUGUGAGCCUGCCCUCCCUUUGUGAAUUAAAAAUUGAAAAUUGCAGCAAGGUAUGGUUGGAAAAUAUUGUUGAUCUUACUUUGCUAACCACAUUGAGGAUCCAGGGCAUGAGGGACCUUUCAUGUCUGCCACAAGAGAUGCUAAAGUCUCUAGAUGCACUUCAAAUCCUUGAGGUUUCAAAUUGCACCGAGCUGAUAUCUUUGUGGCAGAAGGGCACUGUGCUGAAAAACAUUGCUUCUCUUGGGCAUCUGAAAAUUGAGGGCUGCUCCAAAUUUGUGUCUCUGGUAGUAAAUGAGCAAGGUCUUCCUUGUAGUUUGGAAGAUAUGGAAUUGAUGAACUGUGGCAACUUGGAGAAAUUGUCUCUCAAAAGUUUGAAAAUUGAAUCAUGCCCAGAACUUUUAUCCUUUCCUGAGAUAGGCUGCUUGUGCAAGACUACUGACUAUCUUCUUCAAGACUUGGAGAUUGAUGAAUGUCCUUCCCUCACAUCCUUUCCAAGAGGUAUCUUGCUUACCGGGUUGCAAGGUUUGAAAAUUCGAGGUUGUAGAGAUCUGCAGUCUCUACCAGAAGGAAUCAUGCAGAAUGUUAACAGCACAAACAUCUCUCAUCUUAAGAGCUUGGAGAUUGAUGAUUGCCCCUCUCUAACUUGCUUUCCUGAAGGCACAUUGCCGUUUAGUCUUAAAACACUAAAGAUUUUGGAUUGCUCAAAGCUGGAGCCACUUUCAGAGCGGCUGCUACACAACGAUGCAUCACUUGAAAACAUCGAGAUGUGGGACUAUGCUACUCUUAGAUAUUUGCCUGAUUGGCUACAUGGGUUGUCACAUCUGACUGAGUUAAUUAUACGUAACUGUUCGGCUUUAAUCUCCUUCCCGGAGACAGGCCUCCCCUCCACCUUGGGAACAUUGAAAAUCUACAGCUGUGUCAAUCUCAAGUAUCUGCCGGAGAGGAUGCAAAAUCUUGCUUCUCUUCAAUAUCUAACAGUUUGUGAGUGUCCAUGUCUUGUGACAUUUCCUAGUGGUGGUUUGCCCCCUCAACUCUUGUUACUUGGGGUCUGGGAUUGUAUAAAUCUGAAGGAACCAAUGUCAGAAUGGAACCUAGACUCUCUAACCUCUCUUGAAGGGCUCAUCAUUGCUGGUGCCCCUGAUAUAGCUUCCUUCCCGGAUGAAAAUUGUUUGCUUCCUGGGAGCCUCACUUUGAUUUUCAUUGCGAGACUCAAUAAUCUGGUAUCUCUCUCCUCGGGACUGCAAAACCUGACCUCUCUUGAAGAUCUAGAAGUUUUUGAAUGUCCAAAGCUGAGACACUUGCCAAGAGAAGGCCUGCCUGCAACACUUGGGAGAUUUUGUAUCAGAAGCUGUGAACAUUUAAAACGACAAUGCUUGAAGAAGAAAGGAGCAUACUCAUCGAGGAUAGCCCACAUCCCCUGUGUGGAGAUAGAUUAAAUCCUAAAAAGGACGGCAGAUGUUCAAUAAACUCUUGCAAGAUCUUUUUAGGAUGGAAAGAGUAUCAGUGAUGUACAAACACAUUUGUACAAGAUAGAGCUACAAGAUUUGAAGAACAUAUACAGAGAAUGAUAAUCCAUAAUCAUUACCUCUAAUGGUAAUGUCAUGGUGACCUUCUUUCUCAUUACUUUAUGCUUACACUAAUCAAAGUCAAUCUCAAAACAAUUUGGAGUAAAGAAGUUUGCAGUUUGAUACAUCCUGAAAUCUGUUUUUGAUUAUGAGCUCUGUGAACUCUGUUUAUUUCAUUUCCAGGCAAAUAGAAUUAAGUUUCUUGU